AUGAAUUCAAAUAUUAAAACAAAAUCGGACAAAGAGCGUCCAGGAGGCCAAGGACCAUACGGAUCUGGACAGCAAGGGCCAGGAGGUGCCGGCCAACAAGGUCCUGGCGGUCAAGGACCAUACGGACCAGGUGCAGCAGCCGCCGCAGCAGCAGCCGCUGGAGGAUAUGGACCAGGAGCUGGACAACAAGGCCCAGGUGGAGCCGGACAACAAGGACCAUACGGACCCGGAGCAGGACAACAAGGACCUGGAAGUCAAGGACCAGGAAGUGGUGGACAACAAGGACCAGGUGGUCAAGGACCUUAUGGACCAAGUGCAGCCGCCGCAGUAGCAGCCGCUGGAGGCUAUGGACCUGGAGCUGGACAACAAGGACCUGGAAGUCAAGGAUCAGGAAGUGGUGGACAACAAGGACCUGGAAGUCAAGGACCAGGAAGUGGUGGACAACAAGGACCUGGUGGUCAAGGACCUUAUGGACCAAGUGCAGCCGCCGCAGCAGCAGCCGCUGGAGGCUAUGGACCUGGAGCUGGACAACAAGGACCUGGAAGUCAAGGACCAGGAAGUGGUGGACAACAAGGACCUGGUGGUCAAGGACCUUAUGGACCAAGUGCAGCCGCCGCAGCAGCAGCCGCUGGAGGCUAUGGACCUGGAGCUGGACAACAAGGACCUGGAAGUCAAGGACCAGGAAGUGGUGGACAACAAGGACCUGGUGGUCAAGGACCUUAUGGACCAAGUGCAGCCGCCGCCGCAGCAGCAGCUGGAGGAUAUGGACCUGGAGCUGGACAACAAGGACCAGGAAGUGGCGGACAACAAGGUCCAGGAGGCCAAGGACCAUACGGAUCUGGACAGCAAGGGCCAGGAGGUGCCGGCCAACAAGGUCCUGGCGGUCAAGGACCAUACGGACCAGGAGCUGGACAACAAGGCCCAGGUGGAGCCGGACAACAAGGACCCGGAUCCCAAGGACCUGGUGGACAAGGACCAUACGGACCCGGAGCAGGACGACAAGGACCUGGAAGAAGUGGUGGACAACAAGGACGUGGUGGACAAGGACCAUACGGACCAGGAGCAGCCGCCGCAGCAGCAGCAGUAGGAGGAUAUGGACCAGGAGCAGGACAACAGGGACCUGGAAGUCCAGGAGGCCAAGGACCAUACGGAUCUGGACAGCAAGGGCCAGGAGGUGCCGGCCAACAAGGUCCUGGCGGUCAAGGACCAUACGGACCAGGAGCUGGACAACAAGGCCCAGGUGGAGCCGGACAACAAGGACCCGGAUCCCAGGGACCUGGUGGACAAGGACCAUACGGACCCGGAGCAGGACGACAAGGACCUGGAAGAGCAGCCGCCGCAGCAGCAGCAGUAGGAGGAUAUGGACCAGGAGCAGGACAACAGGGACCUGGAAGUCCAGGAGGCCAAGGACCAUACGGAUCUGGACAGCAAGGGCCAGGAGGUGCCGGCCAACAAGGUCCUGGCGGUCAAGGACCAUACGGACCAGGUGCAGCAGCCGCUGGAGGAUAUGGACCAGGAGCUGGACAACAAGGCCCAGGUGGAGCCGGACAACAAGGACCCGGAUCCCAAGGACCUGGUGGACAAGGACCAUACGGACCCGGAGCAGGACAACAAGGACCUGGAAGACCUGGUGGACAAGGACCAUACGGACCAGGAGCAGCCACCGCAGCAGCAGCAGUAGGAGGAUAUGGACCAGGAGCAGGACAACAGGGACCUGGAAGUCCAGGAGGCCAAGGACCAUACGGAUCUGGACAGCAAGGGCCAGGAGGUGCCGGCCAACAAGGUCCUGGCGGUCAAGGACCAUACGGACCAGGAGCUGGACAACAAGGCCCAGGUGGAGCCGGACAACAAGGACCCGGAUCCCAAGGACCUGGUGGACAAGGACCAUACGGACCCGGAGCAGGACGACAAGGACCUGGAAGAGCAGCCGCCGCAGCAGCAGCAGUAGGAGGAUAUGGACCAGGAGCAGGACAACAGGGACCUGGAAGUCCAGGAGGCCAAGGACCAUACGGAUCUGGACAGCAAGGGCCAGGAGGUGCCGGCCAACAAGGUCCUGGCGGUCAAGGACCAUACGGACCAGGUGCAGCAGCCGCAGCAGCAGCAGCCGCUGGAGGAUAUGGACCAGGAGCUGGACAACAAGGCCCAGGUGGAGCCGGACAACAAGGACCCGGAUCCCAAGGACCUGGUGGACAAGGACCAUACGGACCCGGAGCAGGACGACAAGGACCUGGAAGUCCAGGAGGCCAAGGACCAUACGGAUCUGGACAGCAAGGGCCAGGAGGUGCCGGCCAACAAGGUCCUGGCGGUCAAGGACCAUACGGACCAGGUGCAGCAGCCGCAGCAGCAGCAGCCGCUGGAGGAUAUGGACCAGGAGCUGGACAACAAGGCCCAGGUGGAGCCGGACAACAAGGACCCGGAUCCCAAGGACCUGGUGGACAAGGACCAUACGGACCCGGAGCAGGACGACAAGGACCUGGAAGAGCAGCCGCCGCAGCAGCAGCAGUAGGAGGAUAUGGACCAGGAGCAGGACAACAGGGACCUGGAAGUCCAGGAGGCCAAGGACCAUACGGAUCUGGACAGCAAGGGCCAGGAGGUGCCGGCCAACAAGGUCCUGGCGGUCAAGGACCAUACGGACCAGGUGCAGCAGCCGCCGCAGCAGCAGCCGCUGGAGGAUAUGGACCAGGAGCUGGACAACAAGGCCCAGGUGGAGCCGGACAACAAGGACCCGGAUCCCAAGGACCUGGUGGACAAGGACCAUACGGACCCAGAGCAGGACGACAAGGACCUGGAAGUCAAGGACCAGGAAGUGGUGGACAACAAGGACCAGGUGGUCAAGGACCUUAUGGACCAAGUGCAGCCGCCGCAGCAGCAGCCGCUGGAGGCUAUGGACCUGGAGCUGGACAACAAGGACCUGGAAGUCAAGGACCAGGAAGUGGUGGACAACAAGGACCUGGAAGUCAAGGACCAGGAAGUGGUGGACAACAAGGACCUGGAAGUCAAGGACCAGGAAGUGGUGGACAACAAGGACCAGGUGGUCAAGGACCUUAUGGACCAAGUGCAGCCGCCGCAGCAGCAGCCGCUGGAGGCUAUGGACCUGGAGCUGGACAACAAGGACCUGGAAGUCAAGGACCAGGAAGUGGUGUACAACAAGGACCUGGUGGUCAAGGACCUUAUGGACCAAGUGCAGCCGCCGCAGCAGCAGCAGCUGGAGGAUAUGGACCUGGAGCUGGACAACAAGGACCAGGAAGUGGUGGACAACAAGGUCCAGGAGGCCAAGGACCAUACGGAUCUGGACAGCAAGGGCCAGGAGGUGCCGGCCAACAAGGUCCUGGCGGUCAAGGACCAUACGGACCAGGUGCAGCAGCCGCCGCAGCAGCAGCCGCUGGAGGAUAUGGACCAGGAGCUGGACAACAAGGCCCAGGUGGAGCCGGACAACAAGGACCCGGAUCCCAAGGACCUGGUGGACAAGGACCAUACGGACCCGGAGCAGGACGACAAGGACCUGGAAGUCAAGGACCAGGAAGUGGUGGACAACAAGGACCAGGUGGUCAAGGACCUUAUGGACCAAGUGCAGCCGCCGCAGCAGCAGCCGCUGGAGGCUAUGGACCUGGAGCUGGACAACAAGGACCUGGAAGUCAAGGACCAGGAAGUGGUGGACAACAAGGACCUGGAAGUCAAGGACCAGGAAGUGGUGGACAACAAGGACCUGGAAGUCAAGGACCAGGAAGUGGUGGACAACAAGGACCAGGUGGUCAAGGACCUUAUGGACCAAGUGCAGCAGCCGCAGCAGCAGCCGCUGGAGGCUAUGGACCUGGAGCUGGACAACAAGGACCUGGAAGUCAAGGACCAGGAAGUGGUGUACAACAAGGACCUGGUGGUCAAGGACCUUAUGGACCAAGUGCAGCCGCCGCAGCAGCAGCAGCUGGAGGAUAUGGACCUGGAGCUGGACAACAAGGACCAGGAAGUGGCGGACAACAAGGUCCAGGAGGCCAAGGACCAUACGGAUCUGGAGAGCAAGGGCCAGGAGGUGCCGGCCAACAAGGUCCUGGCGGUCAAGGACCAUACGGACCAGGUGCAGCAGCCGCCGCAGCAGCAGCCGCUGGAGGAUAUGGACCAGGAGCUGGACAACAAGGCCCAGGUGGAGCCGGACAACAAGGACCCGGAUCCCAAGGACCUGGUGGACAAGGACCAUACGGACCCGGAGCAGGACAACAAGGACCUGGAAGUCAAGGACCAGGAAGUGGUGGACAACAAGGACCAGGUGGUCAAGGACCUUAUGGACCAAGUGCAGCCGCCGCAGCAGCAGCCGCUGGAGGCUAUGGACCUGGAGCUGGACAACAAGGACCUGGAAGUCAAGGACCAGGAAGUGGUGGACAACAAGGACCUGGAAGUCAAGGACCAGGAAGUGGUGGACAACAAGGACCUGGUGGUCAAGGACCUUAUGGACCAAGUGCAACCGCCGCAGCAGCAGCAGCUGGAGGAUAUGGACCUGGAGCUGGACAACAAGGACCAGGAAGUGGCGGACAACAAGGUCCAGGAGGCCAAGGACCAUACGGAUCUGGACAGCAAGGGCCAGGAGGUGCCGGCCAACAAGGUCCUGGCGGUCAAGGACCAUACGGACCAGGUGCAGCAGCCGCCGCCGCAGCAGCCGCUGGAGGAUAUGGACCAGGAGCUGGACAACAAGGCCCAGGUGGAGCCGGACAACAAGGACCCGGAUCCCAAGGACCUGGUGGACAAGGACCAUACGGACCCGGAGCAGGACAACAAGGACCUGGAAGUCAAGGACCAGGAAGUGGUGGACAACAAGGACCAGGUGGUCAAGGACCUUAUGGACCAAGUGCAGCCGCCGCAGCAGCAGCCGCUGGAGGCUAUGGACCUGGAGCUGGACAACAAGGACCUGGAAGUCAAGGACCAGGAAGUGGUGGACAACAAGGACCUGGUGGUCAAGGACCUUAUGGACCAAGUGCAGCCGCCGCAGCAGCAGCCGCUGGAGGCUAUGGACCUGGAGCUGGACAACAAGGACCUGGAAGUCAAGGACCAGGAAGUGGUGGACAACAAGGACCUGGUGGCCAAGGACCUUAUGGACCAAGUGCAGCCGCCGCCGCAGCAGCAGCUGGAGGAUAUGGACCUGGAGCUGGACAACAAGGACCAGGAAGUGGCGGACAACAAGGUCCAGGAGGCCAAGGACCAUACGGAUCUGGACAGCAAGGGCCAGGAGGUGCCGGCCAACAAGGUCCUGGCGGUCAAGGACCAUACGGACCAGGUGCAGCAGCCGCCGCAGCAGCAGCCGCUGGAGGAUAUGGACCAGGAGCUGGACAACAAGGCCCAGGUGGAGCCGGACAACAAGGACCCGGAUCCCAAGGACCUGGUGGACAAGGACCAUACGGACCCGGAGCAGGACAACAAGGACCUGGAAGUCAAGGACCAGGAAGUGGUGGACAACAAGGACCAGGUGGUCAAGGACCUUAUGGACCAAGUGCAGCCGCCGCAGCAGCAGCCGCUGGAGGCUAUGGACCUGGAGCUGGACAACAAGGACCUGGAAGUCAAGGACCAGGAAGUGGUGGACAACAAGGACCUGGUGGUCAAGGACCUUAUGGACCAAGUGCAGCCGCCGCAGCAGCAGCCGCUGGAGGCUAUGGACCUGGAGCUGGACAACAAGGACCUGGAAGUCAAGGACCAGGAAGUGGUGGACAACAAGGACCUGGUGGCCAAGGACCUUAUGGACCAAGUGCAGCCGCCGCCGCAGCAGCAGCUGGAGGAUAUGGACCUGGAGCUGGACAACAAGGACCAGGAAGUGGCGGACAACAAGGUCCAGGAGGCCAAGGACCAUACGGAUCUGGACAGCAAGGGCCAGGAGGUGCCGGCCAACAAGGUCCUGGCGGUCAAGGACCAUACGGACCAGGAGCUGGACAACAAGGCCCAGGUGGAGCCGGACAACAAGGACCCGGAUCCCAAGGACCUGGUGGACAAGGACCAUACGGACCCGGAGCAGGACAACAAGGACCUGGAAGUCCAGGAGGCCAAGGACCAUACGGAUCUGGACAGCAAGGGCCAGGAGGUGCCGGCCAACAAGGUCCUGGUGGUCAAGGACCAUACGGACCAGGUGCAGCAGCCGCAGCAGCAGCAGCCGCUGGAGGAUAUGGACCAGGAGCUGGACAGCAAGGCCCAGGUGGAGCCAGACAACAAGGACCCGGAUCCCAAGGACCAGGAGGUGCCGGUCAACAAGGACCUGGUGGACAAGGGCCAUACGGACCAGGAGCAGCCGCCGCAGCAGCAGCAGUAGGAGGAUAUGGACCAGGAGCAGGACAACAAGGACCUGGAAGUCAAGGACCAGGAAGUGGUGGACAACAAGGACCUGGUGGUCAAGGACCUUAUGGACCAAGUGCAGCCGCCGCAGCAGCAGCCGCUGGAGGUUAUGGACCUGGAGCUGGACAACAAGGACCUGGAAGUCAAGGACCAGGAAGUGGUGGACAACAAGGACCUGGUGGUCAAGGACCUUAUGGACCAAGUGCCGCCGCCGCCGCAGCAGCAGCUGCUGGAGGCUAUGGACCAGGAGCUGGACAACAAGGACCAAGCAGUCAGGCACCAGUUGCAUCCGCUGCAGCCUCUCGCCUUUCUUCUCCUCAAGCCAGUGCUAGAGUUUCAUCUGCUGUGUCAACUUUGGUGUCGAGUGGUCCUACGAGUCCUGCCGCACUCUCUAAUGCUAUCAGUAGCGUUGUAUCACAAGUUAGUGCAAGUAAUCCUGGUCUUUCUGGUUGCGAUGUACUUGUACAAGCAUUGCUGGAAAUCGUAUCCGCCCUCGUACACAUUCUUGGGUCUUCCAGCAUUGGGCAAAUUAAUUACGCCGCGUCUUCUCAAUACGCCCAGAUGGUAGGGAAUUCUGUAGCUCAAGCCCUUGGUUAAUGUUGCUGUAAAUGAUUACAAAAUAUUUUAAUGUCUAAUUAUGGCACAUUUGUAAUCUUUCUAAAUAAAUUCUGAAUCAUAUUAA